AAUCUUUAUAGAGCGCCUACUAUGUUCCAGGCCCUGUUCUCUUGCAGUUGACAUUCAGGUGGAGGGAGAGGGACCAUGAAAGGCAGCUGCCCAGGACCCAGCGCUCAGGUCCACCCAGGCGACUUGGCCUGCACCAGCCCACGGGGAGGAAGCCAGGCUUUGCGAGGGGAAGUGCACAGCGAGGAAGUAAGGACGUCCCCUGAGGGACGAUCGAGCCCUAGGCCCCUGUCCCAGAAUCCCGGUCACCGCGCCGAGGGCGCGCCCCUCCGCGUGCCAGACGCCCGGGCGCAGUCCCCGCCGGCGUUGGCCAGCAUGGGUUUCCCCUUCAGGGCCACCGGGGCCGGCCGGGACCAAAGCCCCGUGCCCCUCGGCUGCCCGCUGGGGGCGACCCGGGAGCGGCAGGGCAUGCACGUGAGCACGGAGGGAGGGGUCCGCGGCGCCCUCUUCGCGGUUCCCAGGCCCCCGCAGCGGCCCCACGUGGGCGCUGCGGGGUCUGGGGGCAACCCGUGCGAGGCCCCGCCCCGGGAGCCAGUGAGCGCGUGGCGAGGGCGGGGCCGCGCGGAGGCCCCGCCCUCGGGGAGGAGCCCGAGCGGCGAGGUUUAAGGCCGCGGGGCGCUGGCGGCGCACGGCUGGACGCGCUGCCGGACCGAGGAUCCUCCGCGCGGGUGUGCGGGGCAGCGCGCCCCGGGCAGCGCGCACCCCACGAUGCUCAAGCGCUGCGGCCGACGCCUGCUGCUGGCGCUGGCGGGCGCGCUGCUCGCCUGCCUGCUGGUGCUCACUGC